AUCCUGUGUGAGAUAAUGGAUUUAAUGACAGCUUUAGCGAUCACAGCUGGGGCAGGUGGAGCAGUGGUGUCUGCUCCUAUUGUCCUGGGGGCUGUAGGUUUCACCUCAGUUGGUAUAGCUGCAGGCUCCUACGCUGCAAGCAUGAUGUCUGCAGCUGCUGUGGCCAAUGGAGGAGGAGUGGCAGCAGGAAGUGUGGUGGCUGUUUUACAGUCAGCAGGUAUGGCAGGUCUGUCUGGGGCCGCCACCGCAGCCGUGGGCUCUGUUGGAGGGGCUGUGGGAUUUUUGGCUACUCUCAUCUGAGACCAGGAAAUUAUGAUAAUCAGAAAGAAAAAUAAUAAUAACAAAGAAAAUAAUUACUGUUGUUGGAAACAGUUGCCAAAAGUAUCAGCGUCAUGCUUCAGUAAAGCUUGACUGAAAUGUGAGUGCUGGUAAUGCUGUGGUGUUUUAUUACAAAACACAUGAACACGGUCAAAUUGUGCAACUUAGAAUAAAGCCCUAAUAAUGAAAAGCAUUUUAAAGUUGUGUUCACACAUGAUACAAAUUAUUUUUUACUUUUCCACAGCAUAAUUAUGCUCUGAUAACAAAGUGAUAUCUUAUCAUCUCAGACAUGUUAAAAAACGUUGAUGGUCUGCCCAAAAUGAUUUCUGCUAUAUAAACUGUUGGAAAUAAAUUGCUGACAUUUAAUCUGUCAAACACAUCUGAAA